AUGCCACACAAAAACUCAAAUUUCAAUGGGGAUGAGCGUACGAAGCUACUCCAGGAGAUAUCCGCCCUCGAAUCGAAUGGAUCUGAAGGCCCACUUCCAAUUGGAGCCCUUCGUGACCUCAAGUUGCAGCACAAUGCUCUAGUAGGAACGAAUUCGCGAGCAAUCCGAUACAUGGACUCGUCACAAUAUCUACCUCCAGAGCUAUGGACGCAUAUCCUGCUCAAGGUCAUUGACGAUGACUGUCUGGACAUUCUGCCAUUUAUACAAGUAUGUCAGCGCUGGGCUUCCAUCAUACUAUCAUCAUCGAGACUGUGGACAUUUAUAUAUAUCAGAGGAGACCUAGACGCGUUGGAAGGGGCACAUUCAGCGCUGUUUUUGUCCAAGGGUCUACCAUUAUGUAUGACAAUUGAUGUUCCCAUUGCAUCAGUUGUACAAGAGAGAUUUCUUCAGCGAGAAGCAAGUCGUAUCCAGCACCUGAAGAUUAAGGUGCUCCGAGAAUAUUUCCCGUUGCAGAGUGGGAGUUCCGAUGACCUGCUCGGUUACUGUCUCGGGAAUCUUUUCAAAGACCUGGGAUUACUGCCAUCACUCGAGUCUCUAACGAUUGACGAAAGCGAUAUCAGAGACUCGACGCUAUUCUUGGCCCUUCGUCACCUGAACGCACCCCACAUCAAGUAUAUUGCACCUGCCCAGUUAUCUGACGAUGCCCUAGCGCACCCCAGAUACGCUGGUUUACAAUCCCUUGAAACAUCCUCGCCAUUGGGGAGCGUCAUAUCCAAGCUGAUCAGGUUAGCUGAUCUCAAGGACUUGGUUCUCUUGGGUUCUAUACGAGAGAGGCAGGAGAUGCCACCCGAAUCGUACACCAAAUUGUGCCAAAGGGUCGCCCCUUUAGAGUAUUUGCGAUCAUACCAGAGAUCAUGGAGUUAUAUUUCGCCCUUAUUAUCCUCCGUGAGCUCUAGUAUUCGGAUGCUAGAGCUUUCCAUAGUAGUAGGACAAGCAUUCGACUUCUUUUCCAUAAUUCAUGGGGCCCCCUGCCUACAAAAACUUCGUCUUGCUAUUACAGCCGACUCUACACUAGAUGAUGUUCGCACCAUUCACUGGAAGGCACGUCCUCUUCCCUAUAUACGCGACCUUCUGAUGAAUGUAAGGUCAAGAGUACCAGCAGCUUUAUACAUUGCUGAAAUCACUCGUGCCUUAUUGAAUGCUCUUCACUAUAGCCUAUUCAAGGUUCAAAUCUUUCAUCUCAUAUCCGACAUCUUUGGCAUCGAUCUAGUUCGGUUUAUUGAUAAUCUUGAAGACCUGAAUAUAUUGUACCUUGAUGGUUCUGAAGGCCAAGGACAAGGAUAUCCUGUACUACCUACGCAUGCCGAACCUCAGCAGCCUCACACUUCUGGAGAAGGAAGGCUGGGUAUAUAA